CGAUGCCGCGCAGGAAUGUGAAAGGCUCCCGCCCGCCGCCAUUUUCUUUCUUUCUUGGCAGGCAGCGAGUGGGGCAGGAAGCGGCGGCUGAGCGAGCAUGGCGGACUAUUCCACGGUGCCCCCUCCUGCUUCGGGCGCGCCCGGGGGAGGCGGCGGCGGAGGUGGAGGAGUGAACGAUGCCUUUAAAGACGCGCUGCAGCGGGCUAGGCAGAUUGCAGCAAAAAUUGGAGGAGAUGCUGGCACAUCAAUGAAUUCAAAUGACUACAGUUACGGAGGACAAAAAAGACCUCUUGAGGAUGGAGAUGGCUCUUGGACAAGUCCGAGCAGUACAACACACUGGGAGGGAAUGCCCUCUCCUUUUAAAGAUCAACCAGAUGCUAAGAAAGUUGCUCCUCAGAAUGACUCUUUUGGAAAUCAACUACCACCAAUGCAUCAACAGCAAAGGUCUGUGAUGACAGAAGAGUACAAAGUUCCAGAUGGAAUGGUUGGAUUCAUAAUUGGCAGAGGUGGAGAGCAGAUCUCACGCAUACAGCAGGAGUCUGGCUGUAAAAUACAGAUUGCGCCUGAUAGUGGAGGCCUGCCUGAAAGAUCUUGUAUGCUAACUGGAACACCAGAGUCUGUUCAGUCAGCAAAAAGAUUACUCGAUCAGAUAGUUGAAAAGGGAAGACCUGCACCCGGCUUUCAUCAUGGUGAUGGACCUGGAAAUGCAGUCCAAGAAAUUAUGAUUCCAGCCAGUAAAGCAGGAUUAGUUAUUGGAAAGGGUGGAGAGACGAUUAAACAAUUACAGGAGCGAGCAGGUGUCAAAAUGGUCAUGAUUCAAGAUGGUCCACAGAACACUGGUGCAGACAAGCCCCUUAGGAUAACUGGAGAUCCUUAUAAAGUUCAACAAGCCAAGGAAAUGGUGCUGGAGUUAAUUCGUGAUCAAGGUGGCUUUAGAGAGGUGCGCAACGAAUAUGGGUCAAGAAUAGGAGGAAAUGAAGGGAUAGACGUUCCAAUACCACGGUUUGCUGUAGGUAUUGUGAUUGGAAGAAAUGGAGAGAUGAUAAAAAAGAUACAGAAUGAUGCUGGUGUUAGGAUCCAAUUUAAGCCAGAUGAUGGAACAACUCCAGAUAGAAUAGCCCAGAUUACAGGGCCUCCAGACAGAUGUCAACAUGCUGCAGAAAUUAUUACAGAUCUCCUUCGAAGUGUUCAGGCUGGUAACCCUGGUGGACCAGGACCUGGUGGUCGAGGAAGGGGUAGAGGUCAAGGCAACUGGAACAUGGGGCCUCCUGGUGGAUUACAGGAAUUCAAUUUCAUUGUUCCCACUGGCAAAACUGGAUUAAUCAUUGGCAAAGGUGGUGAAACUAUCAAAAGUAUAAGCCAGCAAUCUGGUGCCAGAAUAGAACUUCAGAGAAAUCCUCCACCUAAUGCAGAUCCAAACAUGAAGAUGUUUACUAUCCGUGGAACACCACAGCAAAUAGAUUACGCACGACAACUUAUAGAAGAAAAGAUUGGAGGUCCAGUUAAUCCACUGGGUCCACCAGUUCCUCAUGGACCCCAUGGUGUUGUUCCUGGGCCACACGGACCUCCUGGUCCCCCAGGUCCUGGUGCUCCUAUGGGACCGUAUAACCCUGCUCCUUACAAUCCGGGGCCUCCUGGUCCUGCCCCUCAUGGUCCUCCAGCCCCAUAUGCUCCACAAGGAUGGGGAAAUGCUUAUCCACACUGGCAGCCACCAAAUCCACCAGAUCCAGGUAAGCCAGGAACAGAUCCCAAUUCAGCUGCGUGGGCAGCUUACUAUGCUCACUACUAUCAACAACAAGCACAGCCACCACCUGCAGCCCCUCCUGGUGGACCAGCUACAACCCAAACUAAUGGACAAGGAGAUCAGCCAAAUCCAGCACCAGCAGGGCAGGUUGACUAUACCAAGGCAUGGGAAGAGUACUACAAAAAAAUGGGUCAAGCAGUUCCUGCGCCUGCUGGGGCUCCGCCAGGUGGUCAACCAGAUUAUAGUGCAGCAUGGGCUGAGUACUACAGACAACAGGCAGCAUAUUACGCCCAGACGAGCCCACAGGGAAUGCCACAGCAUCCUCCAGCACCACAGACAUUUAAUCAUCAGUGAAGAAAGGGAAGUGAGAUAUGCCAAUCUUUUCACUGUGGCUUGUCUCCAGUAGAAACUAUCUGCUAAGAAAAGCCUGUGAUUUGCAAACUGCAAUCAAGAAUAAAAGAAAGAAUCAUCCUUAGAAAACAUCUCAGAUUUUUUAUUUGUUAAUGGAGGAAAUUGACUGUGAACUGCUGAGGUAUUGAUAUUCUAGAUUUCUGCAUACUGCAAGCAGCCAUGGGACUGGUGUGUUGGGCAUACAGUUAAGGGAAUUACAGAAACCAUAUAUUUGAAAUUCAUAGGGGGAGAAGAAGGCAUUAAAAGAAUUGAACUGCUGAAGUGUUCCUUUAAGAAAACUUUUAACUUCAAACUGUGACAACCACUGAUAUCAGCUGAAACUGCAUAAUAUAAAAAGACAGGAGGAGGGGGUCUUGAUUUUGUUUUUUAUAUACAGAAUUCAUAAAUUCAGCUUUGAUUCUUCUGUAUUGGUAAAUAAAUACAUAUACAUGAGGGUAGGAGAUAGGAACAAAACUUCUAGUUAGAAUUCUGAAAUUAUUUCUCCUUCUUUUUCUUCCAUCCUCUUUACUAAAACCCCUUCUUCCUGCUUCCGUUCUCCCCCUCACCCCAAAGGGCAAAGAAAGAAAAAAUGGAUUAUUAAUAUAAUAUCAAAGUUAUUGGUUUGGAGAGGUUAAGUGGUUUACCAAACAAGAAAGAACUAUAACUAUAAAAUAAAAAUUUCACACCUACCUAAACAUAUAUAUCCCUCCCAAUUUGCAUCUGUUAAGUGUCUGUGUUUCAGCUUUCUGAGGGUAGGAUUUUUUUUUAUUAUUAUUUCUGUUUGUUUCUUAGAAUACUAAAUUUUGGUUAAUGCUAUUGUAAUAUAUGGCCAUCUUGAGCGUGUUCUUGAGCUGUUUGUCCAGAAAUGUUCACUCAUAAUUAAGCUAGUCUUUUGAAAGUUAAAACUGAACAAAUUCCUAGAAGUAGCAUCUUUAAAGAUUUCAUGAGACAUGGAAAUCCAAAAUUCACUCUUUCUUGUAUGUGAAAGAACAAAGUCAUAAUGAUUAGGACUGUUCAGGGAAAAGGCAUUUAAAUAUAGAACGUCCAAAGAAUGUUUUUGGAAAUAGAUUAGUUCUGUUUUUCCUUAUUUCAUCGUAUUCUUUCUGGUAUAUCUUAUGCUAAUAUUAAUACUAAGUACAUGAUUUAUCUAGUAUGAUUAUAGACCAAACUUUAGGUCAACUAUAAAUCUACCUUCCUAUAGUAAGUCUGGCUUAUGAUAAAGAACAUAUGGAGGCAGUUUUACAUGUAAUGCAAAACAAGAUGAGUUCCAUUUCUGAUAAUCUGGGGCUUAAUCUAGUAAUUUCUACAAUGCAGUUACCCAUACCAUUGCAUAGAAAAGAGCUGACAUGUCUGUCUUCCUAUUUUUGUAAGAGGAAAGUUUUAAUGAUACAUUUAUGUAUAAAAUAAAUAUAGGAAUAAGAAGUAGCAUUCCAUUACUACAGAAUGUUUUCACCAUAAACAAGUUACUGAAACAUCUGAAGUACUAUUUAAGAGCAAAACAGACAACCGAUUUUCUUCUGCAGAACCUAUAUUUUAAUACUAUAACAUGUAUAUGUUAAAACUGGUAAGAUUGUUGGCAAAUUUAAAAAUAUAAGCUUCCUGUUUUUACUAGAAGAUAGUCUAAUGAAUUGUGCCAGGAUGGUUACUAAAUUAUAAGUAAGGUCAAAAACAUGCACUUUAAAAUUAGUGAUGAUACAAUUUUCAAACUCCAUGACGGACUGAAAUAAGAAUUAAUAAUAAGAAUAAUCAGAUAGAGGAAAGAAUGUGAAGGUAUAUACUAUGUGAAAUUCUUUAACAUGAACAAAACGACUAUUUACCAUUUGCUGCCUAGCUUCUUCAAAGGCACGUUUUUCCUCUUCUAAGCGCUGUCUUGCUUCUUCCUCUGCUUGCCGCCUUUGAUUUUCCUGUCUUUGUCUUUCAAGUUCUUCAAAUGUUACUUUCAGCUUACCAGGAGAAAGAGGCUCCUGUGUUUCAUUAUCUGUGUUUUCACUCUGUGUAAGAAAAAUAAAAUAGUUAUAUUUUAAAUAGUAGAUCUUUAUUUCUUAGGAAUUUUUAGAUGAGUGGUUUACCAUGACAAAUGAAAGGCACUUGGCUUCUUUAAAAGAUUGUUUGUGUUUCUCAUAUUUUAGCUUCUUUUCUUCAUCCUCUCUCUGUGUUUGUUCUGCUCUUUCUUUUCUUGUGUUCUCAAAGUUUAUUUUCAUCUUUCCAGGUGUUUUGGUGGGUUUUACAGGCACUACUGUAACUAGCAGUGAAUCAUCCCCUUCCUGUCCAAAAACAUAUAUAAUUUAUGAUAUUCUGAUAAUGCUUGACUUCUAGACAGACUCACUUCUUAUGAAAUUGCCAUUUUUACCUGUGUGUACCAAAGCUUCCAACAGAAUUACUUGUAUUGAAUAUUAAUGACAAGAAUAAAACUCAUCAGCCUGUGACAGUCACUAGUUUUCUUGUAAUAUCUGAAGAACAUCAAGAACGAGUUGUAUUUUAAACAUGACUGCUAGCAAACUAACUUCUGUACAUAUUUUCAUUAAAUGAUAUUAAUAAAUAUUUGUGGCUUGGAGAAGUGAAAUUUUGAAUAUGUAACAACUGUAUCUAUACUCCACUUCCAGUCUUGUACAUAUUAUGUAAGGGAUAUCCUGUGUUGGAAUAAGCUUAUUCUAGAGAGAACUGUGUAAUUUGUCAAACUAACUUGUGUUUGAAGCAUUCUGCUGCUUCAAAAUUAUUUUCAUAGCUUUUUUUCCUCAAAAUUGCAGUAGAAACAGAAUUUUCUUGUGUUAGUAAAAGAUGACAGGACCCUUGGGCCUAGCGUUUUUUUGAAAUAAAACACGUAUUUGCAAGACUUAAAAUCCAAACCUUUAUGUUGAAUUAAUUUUUAAUAAAAAGAAGGGGAAAAAUUUGACCAAACAGUUGACUAAGGUGUUCAAACUUCUGCAUAUUGACAAAAUCCUCUUUUGUUUCAAGCUUAAGGCAAAGAGCUUUAAAAUAAUAUUUUUCAAAGCUAGAACAUUUAAAGAACCAUUACCAGUAGGCCUCAAAUCAUUCUGAUGGCUCUGAAUAUUUAAGUUUUAGAUGUCUAACUCUCCUGACCACACAUUAUUCACACUUUAGACUCUAUUUCAAACUUAAACUGACUUCAAACACACUUCUGUAUGCUUUAAAAAGUUCUUAGCUGCUUGACUGAACAUUAAAAAUUUGUGCUCUUUUUUCCCAGCCCAUGUUAUCAUAAUAAAACAAAGUGAAUAAAAAUGUAGGCGAGUGUUUCUUUAAAAAAAUCUGAUUACCUCUGCUCCUGAUUCAGUUCCCGUAUUGUUUAAGUCAUCAAUCUAUUAAAUGAGAAUUUCAUAUGAUUACAUUACUUUGGCUCUUUGCCUUAGAUUUGCAAACAUAAAACUGGAAAUUCUUUUUGUAUCAGUGAUACAUAUGUAGAAGUUACAUUCACAAGAGAUUUUAAUGAUUGAACCUUUGCAUUAUGUUGGAACACUUCAGCUAGAUUAGCUAUUGGGAGGACAGCAGGAGGACAUGACACCAAAACAUCAUACUGGAAAGCACCCCUAAGCACACUUAGCAUUUUGAUGAUAAACUGAGAAAAGUCCUUUAGAUGUCUGUUUUUCAUGCGAACAUUCCAUAAUUAUGUAAAAAGUUAAAGCAAACUCAUUAUUUCUGAUCCAAGUGGCAUUGUCUGUCUUUGACUCAACUCUCUGCAAAAAGCCGAUUUGUACAUUUUUUCAUAUUGGUGUCUCUAUAUAAACAGUUGCUUUCUAAAUCAAUGCCCUUCAUAAAUUUCUACAUGUUAAGUAUUUCUGUCUUUCAAAGUAGAUUAAAUUUAUACAAGACACAUUUCCUCUUAAAAGUACAGUUUUAACCAUGUUAAAAGUCUUAGUGGAAAAUAUUAUUUAAGUCCUUGUUCAAAAAUGACUCCUCUUAAAACAAAAACAAACCUAGAUUAAGUACUGCUAUAUUUUGUAAAAUUUGCUUAUGUUCUGGUCUGUCAUUAGAUGUUUAUUCUCACUACAGAACUUGCAACAUUGAAGAAAAUUACAGAAGGAAUUAAAUACGAUACCCAACUACAGAAUUCUACAAAGAUAACGUGCUUCGUUAGCAUCAAUGAAAGUGGGAACCUGUUCACAUACGUAUGUAAUGAUUCCUAAAGUAAUAAAAGAAUAAAACAUGAUCAUAGUGAUUUUAACUGAA